AUAUCUAUGAAGUGCUUGAACGAGCGCUGAAUUCACAUUCUGCUCAGGAUUCUGACUUAACAUAUUCAGGAUCUGUGCUCAUUCUUCUUGAGAAAUCCAAUGAUAGCGUUCUUUACUCUGUUGACUAAGCUAAUUAGUUUUUUUUAAAUACUCUACGUUUCAUAAUCAAAGCAACACUGUGAUUAAUUUCAAUUAAACUUAAAGCAUGCUUCCUCAAAUCACCAUCAUCUCAAUCUAACUGUAAAAUUUCUCAUAUAAUCAAUAUUUUAUACAAUCAGUAGCCAUUUUACUUCAAAGUCAUUUAAGGUCUACAAGCUUUUUCAGUGUGUGUGUGUGUGUGUGUGUGGCGUGUACUCAUAGGUGAGCAUGCUCAGACUAAUUUCAACCCCUUUUGUGAAUGGCUGAUUAUCACAAUCUGUAGCUUAAGUUCAGGGGGAGCAGCAACAUUAAGUCCUUCAGAGUGAGCAAAAGACGAGGGGAAAGAGUCAGCAUGGCCCAGAAAAAUAACUUUCAAUUCUCCAUCAGGGAAUAUAGACCCUCAGAUGAACAUGUGGUCAUGUCGCUCUUUCGCGAUGGGAUACUUGAACAUGUAUACCCGGCUUUCUUCAAGGCCAUGAGCCAUCCAGACCAUGUCGGCGUUGCUCUGAGCAUUUCCAUGGCUGGUUAUGUGCUGGGAGGCAGCUCCUACUUCCAGGCUUUACUCUUUGGCAGUGUCUGGGCUGGCCUCAUUUAUUACUGCUGCCACGAGAUCUACGAAGGCUACCUGACGAGGAGGUUGAGCACAGACAUGGCUGACAUUCAAGCCAACUACCUGGAAAACCCAGAUAACGGUUUCUGGGUGGCAGAGGCAGACGUCAACGGCCAGUCCAAGGUGGUGGGGAUGGUGGCGGUGAUGGGGAAAAGGAGAGGGGAGGAAGGUGAGAGGUUUGAUGACUGCAACGGAGGAGUGAUGGGAGGAGGCUCAGAGUUUUCCCAAGAUGCUGGGGAUGGGAGUUACGGCGAGAUGUCCCACAUGGUUGUGGUGUUUCCAUGGCGCCGCAAAAACCUGGGUUCACAGUUGACAGGGAAGGCCCUUGAUUUCUGCAAAGAGCAAGGCUACACCCGCCUCGUUCUGGACGUCAGCUCACCACAGACAGCAGCCAUUUCCCUGAACCAAAAAUUUGGUUUUGUUCAAACUGCAGCCCACAGUAACACACACGCUAAUCGCUGGUUCUCCAAACUGGCCAGAAUAAAUGUGAUGCAAAUGGAGAAGUUCAUUUAAUGUAACCUGAUACAACCUCGACUGUACAGCACGUUAAGAAUAUUUUGGUUAAUUUAUGCUUCUUGGCUCAUUUAAUGCAAAAAUCUUUGUUGUGUGAUAUUCGGUCACUCAUUUCUCCAGCUCGCUAUCAUGGUAGUUUGAAGGAAAAUUCAUUAAAUUCCAUGUUUUUUUCCACAAAGCAGCA